AUGGUCUGCUCAGCUGCCCCUGUGCUGCUCCUGGCCAUGACUCUCCCUCUGGUGGAGCCACCAGCUGCCCAAGCAUCCCAGUCUGGACAGAGGCAGGCUCGAGGGGGAUCAGGGCCACAGCUGGACCCCGAAAGUGGAGCAGGUGAACUGGUCCUGAUCUCCGUCUACGUACAGCUGGACUUCUCCGAUGAGCCCUGGCCGGCGGCACUCUCUCAGCCACUGACUGUCCCGGCUGCCUCGGCUUCCUCGGCCCCAGUGACUCUCACUGGCCUCAACCUCACAACAGAGUGCAAUGUCACCCACAACGGGUGCAGCUACUGUGCUUGCCUCUCUGGGUACCAGUGGAACGCCAGCAUCUGCAGCCAUCACCAGCCCUGUCAAACUCCCAUCAAACACCGGCCGUGUGGCUGUCUUGUCCUGAACCCUACUGAAGCCGGGUACUGCCAGCUGCUGCCACCUGGUGAGGAGGGCUGCUGUCUCCUGCCUCCUGCAGUCCCCGCGACCCAGAGCCUUGACUCCUGGCUGCAAAUGCCUGGCAACACCCUGAACCUGACCCUCCUCAUGAACCAGGAGACCACCGACCUGAACUGGUUCCUGUGGCCCCCAGGAAGCCCCAGCCCCGUCCUCCUGCAGGCAGGGACCUGUGUGUCCUUGACCUCCAGCCGGGGCCGGACUGUCCUCAGCAUCACCAACAUCUCCCAUAGAUGGGCAGGUGAGUACAUAUGCCGCUUCGAGGCCCAGGGAUUCAGGUGGGAGCUGCACCAGGUGGUGAGGGUGCCCCUGCAGGCAACAGAUGUGACUGGGCUCCCAGACCAGCUCUCUGUCUCCUGUGCUGCCUCCCCCGGCUUCCAGCUGAGCUGCUGCACCCCCAGCGCACAUCUGGGCUACACGGCUUCCUGGAGCCCCAGAGAGGGCGGCCAAGCCUCUGUAUUCAACACGCCAGACUCCCAGUGCUUCAUGCUGGCUGUUCAGCACUGCCCUACAGCCAACACCACAUACAUUUGUGAGCUGCAGAGCCCGGGUAUGAGCCCUUUCAGGGUCACCGUCUCUGUCACCGUCAUCCAGGAUGGACACACCACCUGCCCUGAGGACUCCUCAACUGUUGCCUGGAACGUCACCAAGGCUGGCCAUGUGGCACAGGCCCCGUGUCCCAGGGACAGGACGGGCACGGUAAAGAGGCCCUGUGGGCCUGAUGGGGUCUGGGGACCCAUCCACAGCAACUGCACAGACACGGGGCUCUUGGCUCUGCUCCUCAGAGCCCAGCUGCUACAGGCAGGCCAGGGCUGGCCUGAGGAAGAGGUGUCACAGAUCCUGGCUCAGCUGCAGGAGCAGGUAGAGGCAGUGACCUCCCCCUCUGACUUACUGGCCCUGGUGGGCACCAUGACAGUCCUGGCCAAGGUCGUGGCAGACACCGGAACACAGCUCAACUGCAGCGCCCUGGAGGCUGUCCUGAAAACCACAGACAAGGUCCUUGGCAUGAAUUCCAGCUCUCUGUGGACCCUAGCCCUGAGGCGGAUGCCCUCGGUGGGCUCCAGUCUCCUGCUGGCAGUGGAGACCCUGGCACACAGCCUGUGCCCACAGGACCAGCCCUUCUCCUUCGUCUUGCCCAACGUACAGCUGCAGAGCCAGCUCCUCGAGCCCACAUUUCCAGCUAACUACAGAGUCUCCUUCCCUACUCAACCCCCGCUGCAGGCAUGGAUUCCCAGGCAUUCAUUGGUGCCCCUGCACCAUAAUGGAACCAACGUCAGUAUUACUAGCCUGGUGCUGCAGGAACUGGACCACCUUCUGCCCUCAAACUACGGGCAAGGGCUGGGGGACUCCCUCUAUGCCACUCCUGGUCUGGUCCUCGCCAUCUCCAUCAUGGCAGGUGGCCAGGUCUUCAAGGAGGGAGAGGUCAUCAUGGACUUUGGGGACAUAGAUGGCACUCCCCAUUGUGUCUUCUGGGACCAUGAUCUCUUCCAGGGUAAGGGAGGCUGGUCUGAUGCAGGGUGCCAGGUACAGGCAACCAGUGCCAGCCCCACCACUCAGUGUAUCUGCCGGCACCUCACUGCCUUCUCCAUCCUCAUGUCUGGACACACGGUUCCAAACAACCCCACCCUGGAACUGCUGAGUCAAGUGGGCUUGGGAGCCUCCAUUCUAGCACUGCUCCUGUGCCUGGGCGUGUACAGGCUGGUGUGGAGGUUUGUGGUGCGGAACAAGGUCGCCUACCUACGCCACUCGGCCCUGCUCAACAUGGUCCUCUGCCUGCUGGCCGCAAAUGCCUGCUUCCUAGGAGCUCCACUCCUCCCUGCGGGGCCUCACAGUCCGCUCUGCCUGGCUGCUGCCUUCCUCUGUCAUUUCCUCUACCUGGCCACCUUCUUCUGGAUGCUGGCUCAGGCCCUGAUGUUGGCCCACCAGCUUCUCUUUGUCUUCCAUCAGCUGUCCAAGCUCCGAGUACUCUCCCUGAUGGUGCUCCUUGGCUACCUGUGCCCGAUGGGUUUAGCAGGUAUCACCCUAGGCCUCUACUUACCCCGAGGGCAAUACCUGAGCAAGGGGGCAUGCUGGCUGGACAAGAAAGGAGGAGCACUCUAUACCUUCGUGGGUCCAGUGCUGGCCAUCGUGGGCGUGAAUGGGCUGGUACUCACCAUGGCUGUGCUGAAGCUGCUGAGACCCUCGCUGUCAGAGGGACCCCAAGUGGAGAAGCGCCAAGCCCUCUUGGGGGUGAUCAAAGCUCUGCUCAUUCUUACACCUAUCUUCGGCCUCACCUGGGGGCUGGGGCUGGCCACUCUGCUAGAGGAAGUCUCCAUAGUCCCUCACUACCUCUUCACAGUUCUCAACGCCUCCCAGGGUGUCUUCAUCUUACUGUUUGGUUGCCUCAUGGACAAGAAGGUCCAAGAGGCUUUACGCAAACGCUUCUGCUGCAGCCACCCCCCCAGAUCCACCAUCUCCUUGGCCACAAGUGAAACCUACAUCUCACAAAACAGCAAAGGAAGAAGUAAAGAUGCCAGGUGA